GACAAGCUGAUCUGAGUCACACGCUUUAAAGAGAGAGAGAGAGAGAAGCAGAAGCAGAGGCAGGGAGGAGAUAUUAACAGUAUCAUACGCCACAGUCUGUGAAGGCUGCAACACAGCAUAAGUCGAUGCUUUCAAGACAACAACUGUUUAUGUGGAAAUGUUCCCUGGAGACACGUGCUGCACAGGGACCAGCGAGGGAACGCAGGCAUCACAGCUUGGUUGACAGGAUGGACAGGAUCAUCUGAAAAGCAGGGUUUGGUGACCUCUGAAGUGAUGGAGGACAAAACACAAGGUUGUCCUGGGACGGAGGAGAGUGAGGUGGAUGUGCAGAUCAGACAAACCAAACCUGAACCUCAUGCAAACAACAACAGACCCAGCUGGUCAAACGGCCAGUGUGUCGUGUCGGUGUUGAGCUGCUCAUCGUUAAACCCCAGGUUUGAUCUUUCUCAGUGUCGCGCCAAACUGGAGAACACUGGCUUCCAGAUUCCAGUGGCCGACAUGGAAGAUCCACUGAGAACAGCUCUGGAGGUUCCCUCAGUGAGGAGAUACAUGGUUUUUAACUCUGCUUACUUUCAUUUCAUGAUGGCACCGGUGCUGUAUGUUGUGCUGUGGUGCGCCGUGUUCUCCACCCUCCACCUCUACAUCACAGUCAGCGACUACUGGGUUCUCUGUCUCUGUGUCAGCUUGGUCUCCAUCUUCCUCACCACUGCCAUCAUCUUCAUCCUACACCAGAGUAACAAGCAGAUCAACAUGAAUUUAGACGUGAGGUUAAUCCAGGUGAAUGAGAGGAUGGUGAAACACAAGCUGCUGGUGGCCGUGGCCGACUGGGUCCAGUGCUGCACCGGAAACAUGCAGUUGUACUUUGUGUACUGGGACAUGACGCGUUGCCUGAGGGCCCUGACUGAAGCUUUAGAGGAGCGCAGCUUUGUGGCGAAUAACAUCCAGAAAAAGCUGAAGCGGAAAAUGGCCCAUCUCGUCCUCGUGACUGAGGUCCCGGCUGUUGACCUGGAGGUCGGCGGCUCAGACGUGGAGCAGCAGGCCUCGGAGGAACAGAGGCCUCUGCUCACGCAUGACGACCUGACGGGCUGCAGUACCUCAUCCAGCCAGCGGGACGACACCAACGUCACCAUCAACUACAGCCUCCUCCCCGACCCAUCGUUACCGGCUCAGGCUAAAGCCAACCAGCUUCUGAUGACGUACAGCGCAGCCUAUGUGAAGCUGCUUGUGUCUGAGAGGUUGUCGGGACCGUCACACCACCGCCUGCGCUCCCGGAGGAACCACUGCACCCUCGCCCCCCUCUGCCUCUGCCAGUUCAUCAAGAAGAAGAUCCUUCAGUAGCAGAGAGGACCUCAAACCACACACCAAAGACUAUUGAUCUGAUAAACUGAGAUUUCUUUCCGGGAUCAAACAUGGCUGAAAGACAGUCUGCACUUGUGAUUUCCCUCUUCUAAAGUCUGGCUUCUCUGGCCUGUGGGCUUCUGUUACUGUGCCACUGUCUUCACGCCAGCUCUGUGCUGGCACCAACUGGAUAUUUGUCCAUUUGCAACCUGCCAAAUGGCGUCACACUGAGAACUCAUGCAGGUCAAUCCAGCUGCUGUCAAGCAAUAUUUGUACUCUUGUAUACACAACAAUCGAGGCACUGGGUACAUCUGUUUAAAUAACUUUCAUGAACAAUCAAUUGAUUCUUGUGAUUUGCAGUAGAGUCUACAGUAUCGGGGCAAUGGUAGAAUAAACUUUGAACCAUAACUGUGUAUAAAGAUGGAGGACAUGACUGCUCCAAAGAUUCUGGAUCCCUCUGGAGGGUUGAGACGCGUCAUCCAUCUUUACUUACAGGCUAUGCCGUUUGUACUUUAUACUUCUAUCAUUCCCUCUGAAAUGCUGUAAAGUAGAUGUACCUACAAAUUGUACUUAAAGGCAGUAGUUGGGUGGAUGUACUUAAUUUCUCUUAACCACCACGGUUUGAAUGUAAUUUCAGUGUUGCUAUCGGAACGUUCAAUCUAGUAAAAAAACUUUCGAGGAUUUGAAUAGUUUCUCCACCUCUGCUUGGAGGGAUGACACGUGAUUUAGAGACAAUGGAAGCAUGAAGGGGAAUAAAGGAGAUCCCCUCGAUGCAGGUGUGUAAUGACGUUGAAACAACGGGUAGCGUGGAUCACUGGCUUUAGUUUCCUGACCCCAUGACCUCAAAUCCCAGGGAAUCGUCUGCGUUUUGCGGUUUCACACCUUUGGUUUUCACGUGUGCGGGUUAAUUGGUUACCCAUGCAUUAGAGUUUGCAGGAGGCAGGAUAUGUAUUUCCCAGCAAUCGUCCAUCAGUCCCGUCUGCCGAGACGAUGGCCCAGUGAGGGAGCCGCAGGAUCAGGCAAACACACACAGUAAGACAGCCAGCAUGGCCGAACCACGAGGAAGCUGGGCCCUGUGUGAUGGAGGAGAGAGGCGUGCAGCGUGAGGCCAAGUUCAAUGAUCUGAGAGAUGCUGGUUCUCCUUGGGCGGCUAAAUGGCCAUCUGUGAUCCUGCUCACUCAGACUGGCUCCGCUCCCACCGUCAGGUUCUCCAUCCAACCUGCUCUUCACUGGCCUGACUGUCCGGGGCCAUACUUCACCUGCCGACAUUUAAAAGUGCCUGUAAGAAAAAAAAAACUAAAACCACAAUAUCUGUACUUUUUAAAAGUCUUGAUUAUAGUACGUUGAAAGCAGCUAAUGUUCUAUCACAUAAGAGAGAGAGGAUAUAUUGUUAUUUAUAGGGGGAUAGAUGAGGAGGCUCAGCUUGUAAUGAACUUUUAUUCUUUAUCGUGCAGCAGAUUGAAUUUUUUUCUUCAUUCAGAUGGUUCUCCUGUAAUUUAACAUUUAAAUAUUUAAAUUGGAAAAAAUAUAAUUGGAUAAUUGGAUAAAUACAAAUAAAAAAUUAUAAUUAUGAUCUAACAUUUUUAGAAGAAAAGGUUCUAAGCUGGUUCAAACUUACAGAAAUUAAGUUGGGCUCGAAAUUUCUAAAUUUACUGCAAGAAAAAAGUUUUUCUGAUGUAAAAAUAUGAACGCAUAAAAACAAGUGGCACCAUAAUGUAGAGAAAAGAAAACACAAACCUGUGAGACCUUCUGUGAUUCAACACAAGAUAGUGAGAGAUGCUGCAGUUCACGUCAGAGAGAGGAAUGAAGAGAGAGAGAGAGAGAGAGAGAGAGAGAGAGAGAGAGAGAGAGAGAGACAGAGACAGAGAGAGAGAUAGAGAGAGAGAGACAGAGUGGGAAAAAACCAGGGCAACUAUAAAUAGCCCUUCAGUGAUGAGGGGAGAGAGAGAGAGGCCACAGAGAGACGGGGAGGAUGGAGAGAAGCUGAGAGGUGAAACACAGAUCAGAGGAAUGAGACGCCGCCUUCGCCGCCAUGUCGUUCACAACCCAGAAUGAUUCUUUAUUCAUUACAACUGAAGUCAGAAACAACCAACGCAUGUGCAAACACAGCCAUGAACAUAAUCAGAAUAAUGAACCCCAAGAGAACCACACGUACACCGGUAAGUAGGUUUUGGCUCUUUGAAGCAACCCGUCGCAUUGACUGUACAAGCUGGACAAACUCAAACGAAGAGGAAACGAGAAGAGAAUUAGAAGUUGUGUCAGAAAGCACACAGGGAGACGCAGGCUGAGGAUAAACUGAGCAUGACUCUGUUCUGCAGACACGCGCUCACUGACACAACCUUCUGUACAAGAAUAAUAAUAAUACUAAACAGCACUGUGCUCCAUUUACUCGUCUUAACACUGAAAUAUCAACGUGACGAUCAUACGGGGGCAGGACCUGUAUUUAUCAAAUGGCUUACAGUGAAAAUUGGGUUUAAUUUAGAUGAUUAAAGUAUAAAUUCACUUUGAAUUCUGCGAACAAACCUUAAAAAAAAAUACUUCUUUCCCAUUCAACUUAGUUUAGCACCAGGGGGAGACAACAAACCUGGUUCCAUGCAGAUCUGUAGCAUCUCUAAAUCUCACUGUAUAUAUACUGUAUAUGUCCACAGUACUCACUGUAUAUACAUGUUUGUAUAUAUUGUGCAGAGCUGAUAAGCCAAACUGACUUUUUCCCGCUGUGGCUUCGUGUUUAAUCAAAGAUAUUGGAACGGUGUCAAACUUCUCAUCCAACCCUCUGCAAAAAAAAGUAAAGAAGCGGUUUUCCCAAAAUGUCAAACUAUUGAUUUGAUAAUAAAAUGUCAACAAACUCAUUUUCACUUGAA